AUGGUCCAGAAAGUGUUGACCUGGCCCGGUGUGGCCCCACUGGAAGAGCCUUCACGGGAAGGACAAGAGCCUUCACGGGAAGGACAAGAGGCUUCACGGGAAGGACAAGAGCCUUCACGGGAAGGACAAGAGGCUUCACGGGAAGGACAAGAGCCUUCACGGGAAGGACAAGAGGCUUCACGGGAAGGACAAGAGCCUUCACGGGAAGGACAAGAGGCUUCACUGGAAGGACAAGAGCCUUCACGGGAAGGACAAGAGGCUUCACUGGAAGGACAAGAGGCUUCACGGGAAGGACAAGAGGCUUCACUGGAAGGACAAGAGGCUUCACUGGAAGAACAAGAGGCUUCACUGGAAGGACAAGAGGCUUCACUGGAAGAACAAGAGGCUUCACUGGAAGAACAAGAGGCUUCACGGGAAGACCAAGAGGCUUCACUGGAAGACCAAGAGGCUUCACUGGAAGACCAAGAGGCUUCACUGGAAGACCAAGAGGCUUCACAGGAAGAGGCUCCACAGGAAGAGGCUCCACAGGAAGAGGCUUCACAGGAAGAGGCUCCACAGGAAGAGGCUCCACAGGAAGAGGCUUCACAGGAAGAGGCUCCACAGGAAGAGGCUCCACAGGAAGAGGCUCCACAGGAAGAGGAAGACCAAGAGGCUUCACUGGAAGACCAAGAGGCUUCACUGGAAGACCAAGAGGCUUCACAGGAAGAGGCUCCACAGGAAGAGGCUCCACAGGAAGAGGCUUCACAGGAAGAGGCUCCACAGGAACAGGCUCCACAGGAAGAGGCUUCACAGGAAGAGGCUCCACAGGAAGAGGCUCCACAGGAAGAGGCUCCACAGGAAGAGGCUCCACAGGAAGAGGCUCCACAGGAAGAGGCUCCACAGGAAGAGGCUCCACAACAAGAGGCUCCACAGGAAGAGGCUCCACAGGAAGAGGCUCCACAACAAGAGGCUCCACAGGAAGAGGCUCCACAGGAAGAGGCUUCACAGGAAGAACAAGAGGCUUCACAGGAAGAACAAGAGGCUUCACAGGAAGAGGCUCCACAGGAAGAGGCUUCACAGGAAGAACAAGAGGCUUCACAGGAAGAACAAGAGGCUCCACAGGAAGAGGCUCCACAGGAAGAGGCUUCACAGGAAGAACAAGAGGCUUCACAGGAAGAACAAGAGGCUUCACAGGAAGAACAAGAGGCUUCAAAGGAAGAGGCUUCACAGGAAGAACAAGAGGCUUCAAAGGAAGAGGCUUCACAGGAAGAACAAGAGGCUCCACAGGAAGAGGCUUCACAGGAAGAACAAGAGGCUUCAAAGGAAGAGGCUUCACAGGAAGAACAAGAGGCUCCACAGGAAGAGGCUUCACAGGAAGAACAAGAGGCUUCACAGGAAGAACAAGAGGCUCCACAGGAAGAGGCUCCACAGGAAGAGGCUCGACAGGAAGAGGCUUCACAGGAAGAGGCUCCACAACAAGAGGCUCCACAGGAAGAGGCUCCACAGGAAGAGGCUCCACAGGAAGAGGGACCAAUAUUAUGGAACUACAGAAGGCUGGAUUUUGUUCUUAAAGUUUUAGUUCGAAAAGAACUAAAUGGGAAAACGAACCAGGAAGAAAAGGCUGCACAUGACAUGAUGGACAUCACCCAGAAUUAUAAGGAGGCAGCAGACAAGAUUUUCCAGGUCCGAAAGGAAAAAAAAGGAAUGCAAAAGAGGAACUCAUGGUUUAAUCAGGUCUGCAAGGAGCGACGUACUAAAUACCAGCGACGUACUAAGUACCAGCGACGUACUAAUUACCAGCGACGUACUAAGCACCAGCGACGUACUAAAUACCAGCGACGUACUAAGUACCAGCGACGUACUAAGCACCAGCGACGUACUAAGUACCAGCGACGUACUAAAUACCAGCGACGUACUAAGUACCAGCGACGUACUAAUUACCAGCGACGUACUAAGCACCAGCGACGUACUAAGUACCAGCGACGUACUAAGCACCAGCGACGUACUAAGUACCAGCGACGUACUAAAUACCAGCGACGUACUAAGUACCAGCGACGUACUAAUUACCAGCGACGUACUAAGCACCAGCGACGUACUAAGCACCAGCGACGUACUAAAUACCAGCGACGUACUAAGUACCAGCGACGUACUAAAUACCAGCGACGUACUAAAUACCAGCGACGUACUAAAUACCAGCGACGUACUAAAUACCAGCGACGUACUAAAUACCAGCGCCGUACUAAUUAUUCUCAAGCGACCGAAGCAGCACAAGACGGAUGA